AUGCCCGGCUCGUUCGAGAUGGAGUACGGCAACCGCUGGAAGCAGCUGUACGAGAUGGAGAAGCAGCGCCGCGAGCAGCUGGAGCAGGAGAUCAAGAAGGAGAUGGACAAGCUGCGCGACGAGAUGGAGUUCGCGCGCCGCGAGCACGAGACGGAGAUGCUGCUCGAGCAGCUGCGGCGGCGCGAGAUGGAGCAGGAGCGCUCCAAGGGCGACUUGGACGUGCGUCAGCAGCAACGUGAGGAGGAGCGCCGUCGCCUCCAGGAGGAAAUGCAGCGCUGCCGGGAGACCUUGCGGUCGCGUAUGCGCCAGUCGGAGGAGGAUGUGAAGCAACGCCAGCAGGAGAACCAACUGUUCAUGCAGGCCGACGAGCUGAGCAGUCUGCUCGACCAGCAGGAGCAGGCGAUCUGGGAUGACGGCAGCGCGGCGCCGCCGGCCGUGCUGGAUACCGGCUACGGUGAUAUUUGGGGCGGCCAAGACGCCGGCUUCAGCCGGCACGGCGUGCCACCUCCGGGCAUGGGCGGUCACGGGGGUCGUGGUGGACGCGGCGCGGCACAGGUGGCCGGCAUGGACAUGCUGCCCGUGCUGGACGCCGUGUACUGGUAUAGCGUCACGCCUAUGGACGACGUGAGCACCGGAGGAGGCAGCGGGCGAUCCCCCGAGGAAGAAGAGGGGGUCUACAUGGGAGAGGAAAGAGAGGGCACUCCCGCCGAAGAGCCCAGCAGCAGUCGCCGGCUGGUCAGACCACGCGUCUGCGACUUGUGCGACGAGCGUUGA